GAGGGGAUAGGGUGUGUCUUAAGUGUUUGGACUGCAUACUUUGACAAAGAUAAUGUUACUAUUAUUUCCUUGUGAUGGUGUACAGAGUUAGUAAAGGAUAUUGUGCACACAUCUACCUACAUCCUCUCCGUACUGGCUAGAGGUACAUUGUUUAUGUCACUCAUGCGCAAGCUCAGCUGACCAACCGUGCGGUUCUUUCGAUCGUUUAGACCAUACGUAACGUAUGGCGUGAUUGUUUUUUGAGAUCUGUACUAGCUAGCCAGCCAUUUUAGCUAUUUAACAACAACAGUGUAUUUGAUCAACACUACCUUACUCCAAGGACGAAUAGAAGUCACAGCUAAAAUAAUGAAUAUGUUACUGGGGUUUCACAGGGGAUAAUGUCCCAUCACUGAAGAUGGGAGGCAGUGGGUCUAAGGUGAAAGGUGGUUGGCCAUUUGCUGGUUCAGGAGCUGGAGGUGAUUCAGGCAGUGAGGGGCAAGAAGACCAGUCUUUGACCCGCCUCAAAGGGACCAGAAAAGCAACCCCAUUUAUUUUCACAAGGAGGAGCUCUCUUUACUAUGAUGAGGAUGGGGACCUGGCUCAUGAGUUCUAUGAAGAGACUUUGGUGACAAAAAAUGGCCGGAAGAGGUCCAAGCUGAAGAGGAUUCAGAAGAACCUCAUACCUCAGGGAAUUGUGAAGCUGAACCAUCCCCGGAUCCAUGUAGAUUUUCCUGUCAUCCUCUGUGAGGUGUGAAUCACAUUGGGCUGGUCUAAUAGAUGUCAGUCAAAGGCUGCCCCACACCACAACUGCUCCAUCUUGAACGCUGGUGUUCCUCUGAGAAGAUGGAUGAGAUGUCUGACUACAGCUGUGGACAGACCACUGAAGCUAUGUUGCGGAGAGAAAGGGGAGGCGGACAGAUGUUUUGGUGAAAGAUAGAGGAUAUAAUAAAAGUACUGCCUUUUGUGACAUGUAGAGAAGUGUGUGUGUGUGGGAGAGAAAGGUAGCUCAAGAUAAGGGAAGGUUUAUGAAUUCCCACAGUACAUGUUGACCAUUUUUUAUUUUAUCAUAUCUAUGUCUGCCUCUGAUUGGAGCCAAGACCUGCACUAGUGAACUUUUAAUGUAAAUAAAAAUAAUCUGUCUGAGUUGGAAAUACUUGAAUACAUGGUUUACCAGGCUAAAAGACUGAGGCAUCCCCUGUUUUUAUGAAGUCCACAUAUGGUUCACAGUCUGAGUUUUGUUCCAUAACAAUGUGGUCACAAUAUCGAUGGUUUUGUAUUCUGCGAUUUAAAGACUGAUUGGCUCAAUUUACUAGUCCUUCUCUUUCUCGUUAACAUAAUCCUGGGAAGCUGUUGGUGAAUAU